AUGAAGUCCACCAGCGAACCUCGUUCAAUUUCGAAGGCGAAACAGUCUUGUCCCACCUACACUGCUGAACAAUGGCUAGAGCAUCGAGACCGAAUCACAAACCUGUAUGUGGAAGAGGAACUCACUUUGAAACAAGUCAGAACUAUCCUUGAAGAGGACCAUCAAUUCCCCGCGACCGAACGCCAGAUCAAGAGGAAGAUCAAAGAGUGGAAUUUGGACAAGAAUAUCAAAGAUGAGGAGAUGAGAAUGAUUCUCCAGCAUAAGCAAUUCAGAAACGACAACUAUGGCAAAGACAGCAUCUUCUAUGUACGUGGCCGAUUGGUUGAUUACAAGAAGAUCCAACGCUUCAUUCAACGAAAGGGAUCCGCCAGCCUAAGUGUUUUGCCUGAUAGGAGCCUUCUUUCCUUGCCCGAGGACAUUAUCUGCCAGACACCCACCGACGAGACUCCUCCUUCCUUCCUAAAGAUUGACGUCCAGGAGUUCACAACUAUCGUCAGUCAUGAGAGCGGUCGAGAACGGCCAGAAGACAACAAUAAUCUGAUCACUUCCACAUCUUCCUUGAACGUGACCAAACAGGGCGAAACUAUCGAGGUAGAUCAUGUAUUCCUCACUGACUUCUGGAAAUCAUAUUGGCCGAAUCAUACUCCCGGCAACGAUAUCCGAGACUUCCGAUUCCUGGAUCUGCCCGUGCAGAUUCCAAAAUCCGAGGACACGCUCAGGCUGGGUAGAUCUCAAAUUCGCAUGCGACCAAGACUUGCAGGCCAACUUACCGAUGACUCCGACGAAGAUCGCCUCAACAAGCGUAAAAGACUGAACACCUGGGAUGGGGAUGAGAAUUCGGGUUUUCCCCCAGCCAUGCCACGAGAAGACCCAUCCUUAUCCAGGGCAUCUGAAUCUACAACAAAUGUUGUGACAACUGAGUCGAUUACGGAGCACGGCCUUGGAGCUGUGUUGAGCGAACUCCAGGCUAUCAAGGGGCAACAGGAUACACUGAACAGUAUGUUGUCAGCAUUAGGUCAGAAACACAACGAUCUCAACAAAACUGCUGAGAAGUUCAACUCAGCACAUGUUCGUCACGAGAAAUCGGUUAAUGCCAUCUUGAUAUAUUUGGCGUCCGCCUUUGGGAGCAGUCUCACUUCUGGAAGUAUUGACCCCGAGAUGGCAUUCUCGGAUCUGAAGCGUAACCUCCCUCAUUGA